UUUUCUUUUACGACGCAGUCUCGUUAUGACACUAAGGUAUCUUUAGGAACAGUCAACUGUAGAUUUUGGGUAUUUUAUAAUUGAUAAUUCUUCAACAUGUAUACGAGAGUAUUGUGUAAGAAUUAAUUUUCCUCUUUGAACAAAAAGGCCCAGAAAUGACGCCGUUUUAUUGUUUCCAUCAUCCAAAUGAAGAACAGUCUUGCCCUGAGAGACAGAAACACUUCAUGAUCCUGAUGCUGUAAUGGAGUUUUACCCCUCUCCUGAUUGACUGAUGUCCUGUUUUGCCCGAAUUAUAACAUGGACCAACAAGAGCCUGGAUGUGAUGCAGAACAGAUCAUACAUAUGGAAAACAAUGCAACAGAUACACCUGAAGUUUUGUCUCAUUUGAAUAUAACAGAUAUGCCUGUGCAAUCUAAAAGAAGGAAAAGUAUGGACAAAAAAUUAAAAGCUUCAACAAAUAAAGGGAAAAAAUCGACCACCAUUACCCAAGGAACGUCUCCAUCUAAAGUGGGACAUGUUGCAGAAGGCACCGAACACAUGUUUCGCACCCACAUCUGCUCCGAAUGCAGACGCUGUUUCAAGAGUCGCUCCCAUUUGAUAGAGCACAUGCGCAUCCACUUUCCCGACCCCACUCUGCAAUGUCCCACCUGCAAACACCAUUUCACCAGCAAGAGUAAGCUACGCAUCCACAUGCUGAGAGAGACGGGACAGAAACUGCACCAGUGUCAUCUAUGUGAGUACGGAGCGGUGGAACGCAACUCUCUGCGACGACACCUUGCCAGUGUGCACGGGCAUCAAGAGGAUAAAGCUCCCAACGGAGAGCUGUUUAAGUGCCCAACUUGCCAAAAGACAUUCAGUCAGAGUCAGGCAUUAAAGAUCCAUAUGAAGUCUCACAAUAAGAUACAAGACGGACAGCCAUUGCUUUGCUUUCAUAAAGGCUGCUCAUUUCAGAGUACAGAAAAAAAGCAGCUUCAAAAGCAUGUAUUAGAUGCUCACCAAAUUGAGGCCGUGGAGUGCCGCCAUCACGCCUGUGGCUCCUUCUUCGAGAGUCAAGAAGACAUGGAGAAACAUUUCCGGACGCAUCAGGCUUAUCACUGCCCCCACUGUGACUUCUCGUGCUCAAAUAAGAGCCAUUUCCAGCAGCACAAAAGGCAAGGACAUCCAGGGAAACAAGAACUGAACUGUAGCUUCUGCCCUUUCUCCUCCCUCAACCCUGUAGAGUUCGAACAACAUGUUGGUCACUUUCAUGCCAAUGAGAAAACACAACACUGCCCGCAGUGCAGCUUUGUAACCGCUCACAAAAGAGUCCUGAAAAGACACAUGCUGAUGCAUACUGGUGAAAAGCCCCACAAAUGUACGCAAUGUGACUUCAGAUGCCGUGAUGAGACGUACCUUUCGAAGCACAUGCUGACACACUCCAGUGACAAGCAGCACAUGUGCUCAGAAUGUGGAUAUGUUACGAAAUGGAAACACUAUCUCAGUGUCCACAUGCGUAAGCACGCAGGAGAUCUGAGGUACAAAUGUAAUCAGUGUCCAUAUCGUUGCCACCGCAUCGACCAGCUGAACAGCCAUAAACUCCGCCACCAGGAAAAAUCCCUGAUCUGUGAGGUGUGUGCAUACUCCUGCAAGAGAAAAACAGAACUGCGCAACCAUAUGCAGCUGAAGCACUCUACAAACGUAGAUCCCCAACCUCCUGUUUACCAGUGCAAGUUUUGCCCAUACACAACAAAAUACCGGCAAGCCCUGCAUAACCACGAGAACUGCAGGCACACCCGGACACGCGUGUUCCGCUGCGCGCUCUGCCACUACACCACAUUUAGCAACACCGGCCUCUUCCUGCACAAAAAGAAAUCUCACGGAUAUGUGCCAGGAGAUGUGGGGUGGCUUGAGAAGUAUGCAAAGAAAGAGAAAGAGCAGAGCUCUGCGGAUUUGACACACAACUUUUUCUCCAAAACCGCAGCACCUCAGACUUCAGGUUCAGAAUUCAGGGAAGAAACGGGUAAUACCAAACAGUCCAAUAAGACUAUAGAUGACUCACAAGAUAUGUCUGUAAAUGAUAAUGAGGAAGAAGCAAUAACAGCCAAGGAAAUGACUUUAGCACGGCACGUCAGUCUUGGGAUUGAGUCUGCAAGAGAAGACGCAAGUAAUCUUUCUGGAGAAUAUCCAAAUGAUGAGGAACAGUGCAGCACCCCACUUUUUACUUCCCAAACCAGCACGAAUAGCACACAAAUGAUACUUGUUGAGACAGUAAACAUACAGGGCUCUGCAUUUGACGCACAAGUUAAGAGUCAUGUUGGAUUUCAGACAUUGCAUACAAUCCACCAGAACUUCCCAGAACCAUCCGUUGAGGAUGAUGCCACUUGUGAGGAUCAAAGUGACUCUGAAGACCUGCCACCAGUGACGGAAACUGUAAUGAACAGGGAGGGACUUCAGGACAACUCUGUAGAGCCCUCAGCUUCUGAGAGUCGUCUGCAGGUAAUGAGAAAACAGGAUAAAGACCAAGCUGAAGCACUCAUAUUAGAAGGCAGGGUGCAGAUGCUUGUUGUCCAGACGCGGGACAAUAUGUUUCAGUGUAGCCGUUGCUCCUAUGUGACCAGAAAGCAUGCAGCAUUAAUCCGGCACUGCAAGUCGUCUUGCCAGGUCAUGAAAGCAGGACUACGUUGCCAGGACUGUGGCAUGAAUUUUAAACAGCAACGCUCUUUAAACACCCAUUGCCUCCGGAAAUGCAGAAAGAAGUUCGAUUUAACAAGCACUGUAGGUAAAUCAGGGAGUUGUGUUGGUAGUUCAGGGAGUGAUGCAUCUAUACAGAUACAGAGUGUGACAGUCACUGAUUCUGCAGAUUCAAGAGUAAAAGGUUCGGCUGAACCUGAAGGCCCACUGUCUGCUAUUGUAACUGUGGGAAAUGAGACUGAUUCAAUCACAUCUGAAGGAGGGAAGGCAACUGUUGGGAGUAGAAACAAGGAGGUGGAAGUGGAGGGAUCGGUAAAUGAGACCUGUGGCUAUUUUGAAGAUGAUGGUAGGUAUACUUGUAGAAAUUGUCCUUUCUCCUCUGUCAGGAAAGUCACAAUAGAUCGACAUUGUGCAACAUGCAGCGUUAUGGGAAACACCCAUAAGGUACAUCUGGCUGAAAUGGGAGAGCAGUUUGAGCAAGAGGAUAAUCCUAGCGACUCAGACCAUGAUCAGGAGGAAGAUGGGGCAAAUGACUCAGAGAGACCUCAAAACCCCAAACCUCGAUUCUCAUGUCCCAACUGUCCGUUUAUCUGUCACCAGAAGAGCCUAGCAAGCCAUGAAAUAAAGGGCUGUUUAAAACCAGGUGAAUUACAGUGUCCGCACUGUUCAUUUGUUGCCAAAUCAGACAAAUCUCUCAACCAUCAUAUCCUGGGACACAAGAAAGACUUGAAGGCUACUAGAGGUAAAUUGUCUGGUAAUCUUCAGUGCAGUCUUUGCUCCUUUACCUGCAAACAAAAGCGCUGCCUGACACAGCAUGUUGCCGUGAAGCAUGAGGGAGUCCGCCCUCACCGCUGCCGCUUUUGCACUUUCAGCACAAUUCGUCGCUACCGGCUGGAGGCCCACGAGUCCCUGCACACAGGUGUUGGGAGACAUAGCUGUGAACUCUGUCGCCAAACUUUUGGCACCACAUCCAGACUACGCUUACACCAUCAACGCAUUCAUGACAAACAGGCAACGCACUUCUGUUCACUUUGCGAUUACAGAGCAUAUAACCUCAACGAUAUUAACCGCCACAACUUGAGCUGCCACACUGGCGAUCUUGCCUACAAUUGCAGCCAAUGCAAUGCACGUUUCAGCUCCGAAGUUGCCCUGAAGCAGCACAACCACAGAGCACAUCCAGAUGCCAACAGCCUGUCCUGCACCCAGUGUAACUUUACCUGCAGCCGCCAAGCUGCUCUCAAAGCACAUAUGCAGCGUGAACAUUCUGAAAUCAAGACAAAAGAUCCUCAAGAUGGUCUUGAGAAACAAAGUAAGAUAUCCAACAACCAUCAGUGCUUGGUUUGUUCCUUCAGCACCCAUAAAAGGCUCAUUCUGGUCCAGCACAUGUUAGAUGAGCAUGAAGACGGCCCAGCAGAGGAGAAAACUCUGAAGUGUGAUGUUUGUGGUUUCUCUUGCACCCAUCAAGUGGUGUUCGACCAGCAUGUGCGGUCACAUGGAGGAACCUUCCUCUUUAAGUGCACCGAAUGCGAGUUUUCCACGAGGAACAAACAGAAGAUCACGUGGCACAUUCGAAUCCAUACAGGAGAGAAACCUUACCACUGUGAGAUGUGCAACUAUGCAUGUGCUGAUCCUUCAAGACUAAAGUAUCAUAUGAGGAUUCACAUGGAGGAACGCAAAUAUCUCUGCCCAGAAUGUGGCUACAAAUGCAAAUGGGUCAACCAACUGAAGUAUCACAUGACAAAACAUACAGGUGCCAAACCAUACGUAUGUGAGGACUGCGAGUACCGCACCAACCGUGCCGAUGCCCUGCGCAUCCACCGGGAGACACGCCACAGAGACGUGCGUUCCUUCAUAUGUGAGAAGUGUGGAAAGGCUUUCAAGACGCGCUUUCUGCUCAAGACACACCAGAGAAAGCACAGUGAGGAGCGGCCUUACGUGUGCUCCGUAUGUCAAAGGGCGUUCCGCUGGCCUGCGGGUCUCCGCCAUCAUUACCUGUCCCACACCAAUCAGCUGCCAUUUAAAUGCCUCCACUGUCCCUACCGGGCUAAACAGAAAUUUCAGGUUGUGAAGCAUCUUCAGAGACACCAUCCAGACUUGCCUGUCCAAGAUGGUGUGGGUAAAGACCAAGAGGCCUCUAGUAUGGGUACACAGAAGACAUGGCUUGAGGAAGAAGAGAGACAAGAGGAUGAGCAAACUGCUUUAGAGCACAUGCAAACUGCAAGGGACAUGUAACCAUGCACUGUUUCUGUAUUCAUUUCAAUUGAUGAAUUUGUCCAUCAUGUGAAAGUAUAACUUGUCUUGGUAUUCAAACCACACGGAAUAAACUUAUUUUUUUCA